AUGGAGCUCAUCCAAAAUCUCCAUUGCUUAAGAUUGGACAACCCAUCAUCAAUCUCCUCCCUUUUCCCUUCCAAAAGACACUUGUUCUCCUCGCGAGAAUUCAACAAAUUCCCGCAUGUCUCCUUUCAAAACCAACCCCUUCUAAAACCAAUCAGCUGCAAAAUCUCAACAGAGAAAGACUCUUUUACUGUCAGCUACCUCGUACACUCGUGUGGGUUGUCCUUGGAAUCCGCAAUCUCAUCAGCCCAAAAGGUACAGUUCCAAUCCCCUGAAAGACCAGACUCCGUUUUGGCCCUUUUGAGAAACCGUGGAUUCUCCAAAACCCAGAUCUCAAGUCUUGUUAAAAAGCGCCCAUUUCUUCUUUUAGCCCAUCCUACGAAUACCCUUUUGCCUAAACUUGACUUCUUUCUCUCUUUAGGAAUGUCAAGUUCUCACCUUGCUAGAACUCUUUCUUCAGACCCAACCCUUUUAACUAGAAGCUUGGAGAACCAAAUUAUACCCUCUUAUGACUUUCUCAAAACUAUCUUGCUUUCUGAUGAAAAGAUUGUUUCUGCUUUGAAGCGUACUACUUGGAUAUUUCUAGAGGAUCAUUCAAAGAAUCUUAUACCAAAUCUUGAGCUUCUGAGAAAAGUAGGCGUGCCACAUUCUUGCAUUUCAUUACUGCUCACUCAUUUCCCUGAGGCUGUGAUGGAAGCGCAUGAAGACUUCAGUGAAAAUGUAGAGGAAGUGAAAAAGACGGGAUUUGAUCCAAAGAAAUCAACUUUUGUGUUGGCUGUGCAUGCCCUUUGUGGAAAGGGUAAUAGGUCAAUUUGGGAACGUUGUUUUGAGAUUUAUAAGAGGUGGGGUUGGACUAAAGAUGACAUUCUUUCAGCAUUUCGAAAGCAUCCCCAUUGUAUGAUGCUAUCGGAGAAGAAAAUCAUGAGGGGAAUGGACUUUUUUGUUAACAAGAUGGGGUGGCCAUCAAAGGAGAUUGUGCAUUGCCCUGUUAUCUUAUUUUUAAGCUUGGAGAAGAGAAUUAUCCCCAGGUGUAAGGUUAUUCAGGUUUUGUGGUCAAAGGGUUUGAUAAAGAAAGAUAUCAGCUUGAAUACCGUAUUGCUUCCUGUGGAGAACCGCUUUCUGGAGAGGUUUGUGACCAAAUUUGAGAAGGAAUUGCCUCAAUUAUUGAGUGUGUAUGAAGGGAAGGUGGAUCCGGAGGGAGUAUGA